CGAAUUCUUUCGUAGCCAGACGAUCUCCUUUCUGUGUUGGGCGGUUUCCUGGUCCGAACCGGGUCGAAUCUUCAGAACAUCGUCAGUUCUGAUCUGCCACUGGAAGAUAUCGUGCCGUGCAGCCGUAGCCUGUUCUCUUUGAGGCAGGUCUACCGUUCGUUUCGUAGCCUGUUCUCUUCGAGGCAGGUCUACCCUUCGUUUCGCUCUCUCCACCGCCGUAGCCUGUUCUCUUUGAGACAGGUCUACCGUCUGUUUCGCUCGCUCGACCGCCCUCACCAGCCCUCUCCCAACUGGAAGUUCCCUUACCGCAUCCUUCGCCUGGUUUCUUCGAAGCAGGUAAUACCACCACCACGAUGGCUUCCAACAGCUAUACGACGAGUUAUUUCGUCCCCGGUCCGCGCUCGGAUCGUACCAUCCCGGACAGCGACGCUCCGUCGUCCCAGGACACAAACCCGCCGUGGGAGUGCGAACAGCCCCAGGACCAGCCAUCGCCGGUGCAUACCAUCCCGGACAGCGACGCUCCGUCGUCCCAGGACACAAACCCGCCGUGGGACUACGAUCCGCUGUGCACGACCGUGGGCUCCAGCGCAGCGCCUGUCCCGACCACUCCAGCCCAAGCCCCGUCGGAGCCUACACGCCGCAUAACGAGGUCAGCCGCAAAGCUUGCCGCCAAGACCCCUGAUGCGAGCACGGCAGCUGUGAUCGCGGCACCUGUCACUCCCGCGACCCUGCCCCCGAUCGCGCCGGCCACCGUCCCUGCCUCUGCUGCCGAGCCCGUUGGCCGACACACCCCCGCGACCAAGAGCCAGACCGUCUCGCAUACGGUAGGCACCUCGGCUGCCGAAGACGCCGACGACCUCGCCCCUACGGUACAGGCACCGGCCAAGCGCAAGAGCACCGCACUCCCGACGCCCGUGACCGAGCCCCCUCGCCGAAGCAAACGCGUGAAGAAGACGGUGUCGUAUGUGGUCGACCCAUUGGCUGCCGACGGCGACGACGGCGACGACGAGGACGCUGCCUCCCCCACUGCCCAAGUUGCGUCCGCUCGCCCUCAUUAGACCCCCAGAUCUGUGUCCGGCAAGAAGCGUGUGGCUCGCAAGGCUGCCGCUGGCCCGUCCACCACUGCCGACGACGAUUUCGCACCGGAGUCGGAACCAGAGGACGCCGUAGAGCCUGCUCAGUCCGCAAAAUGUAAAUACAUUUACUGUCUUUGUCCUUUUUGUCGCGUUUCUGCUUUAAGUCAAGCGCCUUGCUGCAUGUCGCGGCUUGCGUCUGUUGGCUAUUCCUGUGCGUGAGCCGGUGUCAGCGACGCUGGUGUUACGAUGUUCCGGUGUGCUAUAGCGUGAGCGACGCAAUUCAGUUCAUCACCAGCCCACUAGUGGCUGGUCUGCCCGCAAGUGUGCAAAUGAUCCUGG